ACUGCUGAAGGGGCCAGAGACCAUCUACCUGUGUGAGUUUCUGCAAGACCUGCUCCCUGCAUUUCUGGCUGAUUUCCACCUGGCCUGGAAGGGUGGGGCCCUGUCUUUCUCCAGCUACAAAAGCAGCAACUGCUGAAGGGGCCAGAGACCAUCUACCUGUAAACUGCUAGGAUCUUCAAAGAGUGCCAUCAAUGUGUCCCCUGCCCAUGAUUAAAUGCAUAUUAUAGGUCCUUCAGAAGUACUUUUCUGAGUAACCCCAUCUGGAUAUAGAGGAUACCAGCUUGCCUCGCUCCUGACAUGCACACACACCUACACAACCAUCUGCAGGAGGAAAAAGAUUUUUGUUGGAGCAUUUGGUGCAUCCUGCCCAUUUUUUCUACAUCAAAUUGCAGACUAAGUCCGAGAAACUUGACCACUGCUUGCCACUUCAGAAUGGAUUACUAUCACUUUCUGUCUGUUGUCAGCGCAGCAAGGAAACCAAACCCUGUAAGACUUACAAAUGAACUGGAAAAGAAGAUGCCAUCCCUUAUCAUGUUUUCUUCUGGAGGCUUGCCAAACUCUGACUAUUUCCCAAUAAAAACAGCAAGCUUCUCCCUCAGUGAUGGAUCUACCAUUGCAAUUGGGGAACAACUGAUGAAGAGAGCGCUCCAAUAUAGUGCUACAGAAGGAAUUCAGGAAUUAUUAUCUUGGCUACGAGACUUGCAGAUAAAACUCCACAACCCACCAACAGCUAUAUAUGCUCCUGAGAAAGGACAAAUGAAGAUAUGUGUCACUUCAGGAAGCCAAGACGGUCUUAGUAAAGUUUAUGACAUGCUCCUUAAUCCAGGUGAUAACAUCCUUAUAGAAGAGCCAAACUUCACUGGGACGUUGGCAGCACUUCAGCCCUUGGGAUGUAACCUUAUCAAAACCCCUAGUGAUGCACAUGGUAUUAUUCCAGAAGCCUUGAAGGAAAUUCUUUCCAGGUGGAAAUCUGGCAGUGCACAUAAGCUCAAUAACAGGAUUCCUAAGUUCCUGUACACUGUUCCUAAUGGUGCCAAUCCUUCUGGGAGCUCCUUGACAGUGGAACGCAAAAAAGAGAUUUACCAGCUUGCCCAAGAAUACAACUUUCUUAUAAUUGAAGAUGAUCCAUACUAUUUUCUCCAGUUUCAAAAGCCCAAAGUGCCGUCAUUUCUUUCAAUGGAUGUUGAUGGUCGAGUUAUCAGAGGUGAUUCUUUCUCUAAGAUUAUCUCUGCCGGGUUGAGAAUAGGCUUUCUAACAGGACCUGCACCUCUUAUAGACAGGGUUGUUCUACAUACACAGGCCUCAACGAUGCAACCUAACACUUUUGCACAGAUCCUUAUAUUACAACUUUUUAACAAGUGGGGGCAAGAGGGUUUUCUGCAGCAUACAGAUAGAGUGGCAGAGUUCUACAAAAACCAGCGAGACACAAUGCUUAGUGCAGCAGACAAAUGGCUGAAAGGUUUAGCAGGCUGGUAUGCUCCUAAUGCUGGACUAUUUUUAUGGAUUAAAAUUAAGGGGAUUUCUGAUACAAACCAGAUGGCCCUGGAAAAAGCGCUGAAGAGAGGGGUGUCUGUACUUCCUGGGAGAGCUUUUAUGAUGGAUCCGUCAGAACCAUGCCCUUAUGUCAGAGUUUCCUUCUCUUUUGCUACUCCAGACCAAAUGGACCUGGGUUUCCAAAGGUUGGCUGAACUUAUAAAGGAAGAAACUGCGUGAAAGCUAUGGCAAACUAACAUUUACCAAAGUCUUCACUGGCUGAUAUUCAGAAACUGUUCCUCUAAUUUCACAAAAUGAGAUGCUAAAAAAAUCAUGGAUUAUACCACAGUGUUUCAUUAUUUUACAUAUGCAUUUGCUUUUGUGUAAAAAAAAAAAAAAAGCAUUACAACUUAUUAUAGUAAUAUUGUUUGGUAGUUACUUGCUUGAGGUACCAAUUCAUUUUUAGAGCAGUAUGCCAACCCUGCUUGAUAUGUUCUCAAAAAAGAGAAAAACCACACCCAUAUCUUUGGAAUUAGAAGUAUUAUGUUUCCAGGCCCAGCGGCAGGGAAUGGCACCAUAGGGCAGGUGCCAACGACCCAAGCCCUCAGGAGAACUCACUGCCAAACCUUUCCAAAAUGACUGUUGCAGCCACCCACUCCUGGUGGUCCUCUCAGUACAGAGGGAAGGAAAAGAGUCAUGGCCCAGGCCUGGAGUCGCCCAAAGUCACCUGAAGUGGCUGUGACUGGCACCUGCCAUCUCAGUUCCCCCAGAAUUCCUCUUGGUCCCUGACAAUAGGGCCUUUCCAUACUUACUAUUUAUAAUGGUAUAGUUGCUUGCGGGGGGGCUGGAGUUUUGGGCAUACUGUGACACAAUUAUGUCAUUAUUUGGCUAGUAUUCCAUUCUUUCUUCCAGUGCAAAGAAAAUCUAAAUUUUGUGAAAGAUCCAGAAUGGAUCCGGUGCCAGCUGUCAGUUUGUGAGCUCAGUUCAGAGGAGAGAUAUGGCAGAUGGUGAUGGAAGUUUUGGAACAAUCCAUAGUAACACACAUGUAGUUCUUCUCAUCUAACCUCUUCUUAUCUCCUAUCCUCCCAUAAGAUUAGAAUUCAGAAUACUAGGCUACUGGCUGAGGAACACGAGGGUAUGUUAGGGGUGUGAGUACAGCCACAGGACUUUUCUCAAUUCGGGUACCACCCACCAUGAGUGUGGAAAGGAAAAACCUGUACUCACACACUAAAAACACAUCAUUUAAACAAAGGUGCAGACAAUCAGCUACAAAUUCACUCUAAAAAAAUUCAGAUAAAACAGCAACUACACCACUAUAAAUGAUAAGUGCCAAAACACCCAUAGUGUCACUCCAAAGACAUUGUGCGGGAAUUAAAAAGGCUGUUACCUACAACAAUGCUUACCAGCUAGACCAGCCUUUUUGCUGCUGUGCCUGACUACCACUAUCAAAGGUAAGGGGAGUGGUCUCUACCUUGGGGAUGGGGGGCAGGAACGACGGCUUCCCCAAACCUGGAAUCAACCUUGUCUUUUUCCAUCUGGGAAAAAUGAGAGCUCGAAUUUGAACAAAUUAUCCAAAGCAACAUACAUAAACUUAUGUUGCGACUCCAGGAUUAAGAAUGGAAGAAAUCAGUUUUGUCUCCCUAGCCUAUUACUCUAAACCGCACAAGUUCAAAAGCAAUAGUUAUUAGAGUCACGUCUUUUCACAACGAACUUGGGAAUCUUAACAUUUCUAGCAAAGCUAUCAACUUUUGUAUUAGCUCCCUCUAGUGCCCCUCUCUUAAAUUUAAUGGCCACUAGAUUGUACACUUAACAUCAAGAGACCCAUGAUCAACCUCUCUUCAGUUGGUUUGUGAUUUAAUGGAAUGCAGAAAGCACGAAGGUGGGGUGAGCGCGGCAAAGAUGAUCACAAUGGUGGCACUCCUUUUUUCCAAUCAAAAUCAUGUUCUUCCACCACAAGUAGGCAGUGAUUGCAUACACAUAAGCCUUUUGUUUGGGUAAACUUUGCCCCUUCACUUUGGGAGAACCCCCCCCCCCAAUAAGUGUAGGAACUGGAAUGGGAGGAAACACAUCAAGGCUAUCUGUAUAAGGAAACUUCAUUACCUUUGUAACAUAAGGAAAGGGUAGAUUUAAAUUUCCUCCCAUUCCAUUCUAGCUCUAUUAAUUCUUUAACAAAGUUGAUAAAGAGAGCACACCUAACCUCUUCAUAGGUAUAGAGACGAAAUCACUCAUAAAGGUUUAAUUUUUAAAAAAAGCUUUUUUUUAAAAAAAAUCAGCAUUGCCACCCACCACACUCCCCACCAGGUGGCACACUAACUGCAUGGAAAAUUAUCUAUGAUUUAAAAAGAUUGGGCCAAGCUGCUCUGCAAAACUUUUAGCUGCUAGUAUGAUAUACCCUUUUAAAAUGGAGAUGCCUCAGUGUUAUUAAGAAUUUAGUUUUUGUGAUGUGGCAUGUAAAAAUAUAGAUUAACUACCAUAAUUCUUCUGCUAUGUAAAACUGAAACUUUUUAAAAAGAGUCUUUUAGACAUUAAGCCCACUACUUCCCCCCUCUCCCCCCAGAAACCCCACUUCCAAAAUACAGUAUUGCAUUUGAAAAUUCAGAAUGAAGUAUUUAAUUGUGGAUGCUUUUUCAGGGGGGAAAAAGAUGGACUAGUUAAGUAGGAAAGACUUUUGCUCAAAAGGCAUUGGGGAUGUUGGUAAUAAAACUCUGGACAAUUCAUCAGAUUUAUAUAAAUAAUGUUUAUUUCAUUUGUUAAUACAUACAGAAGUUAGCAUGUGUUUUAAUCUGUUUUUAGCUUAACUGUUGUUUUUAAUU